AUGUCCAGAAGAAGUGAGCUGCAGUUCUACUUUAAAACAGGUGCAACUAGAUCUGCUUUACUCCUGUAUCAGGAUAACAAAAUAAAGAACACUGAUAACGAUUUCCUUGAAAUGUCCUUGAACAGUGAUGGCUACGUUCAGCUUUACGUCCGGGGAAAUCGGUGCUUCCCUGAGAAACGCACGAUUCGUCAAAACUUUACCGACGAUACCUGGCAUCUGGUGACAAUUGCAAGAAAUAGUUUUCAUCUCAAUUUCAGCGUCGAUGAUAUUACAGCUGAAACGAUCUCUUGCGUGGCACCUCCACAGUUAUCUGGAUUCGAUGGCAAAGCAAUCAACUCUCUUUACAUUGGGGGAAUUCCGUUCCUUGAUUCCCAGGGAGAUCCAACCCUCAAAGCAUGGUCCCUGACCGGUCUGUUCCAAAAAGUAGGCCAAGAAUACAGGUGAGAAACGAGAAAGAGAGUGGCGUGACAUAGCGAGAUGUGCGAAAUAACGAGAUAGGUAAAAAAGUCAAUUGUAAUUUCUUUUCAGACAUCGUUUGCAAUACAAGUCUGAUUGAAAAUUUGUUGUAAUAAACUGUUUUGAUUCAAUUCCUGGGUAAAGUAACUAACUUAAUUAUGCUAUUGCGAGUGGUUUUCAUUUCAAUGCCUUAUGAUUAUUCAAAAUCAAAAUUGAUAACAUUUUGGUUGAAGUAGUAGAUGAGUUGUGUGUCUGCCCUAUUCAACAUCAUAAAACUGAUUUUCAGCUUUGAGCCGCUGACGUCAAAAGUGAAAAGCUUAUUGGAUUAAUUUUAAGGCUUAUUUGAUUUUCAUGGCAGCCAGUCAAAAUUGGCUGAUUUUUUGCGCUGUAGAAUAGUUUUCCCGUAAUUUUUAUUGAUAUUUAAAACAAAAAAAAUUUCUCGAUGUCGUUUUAAGUAGAAAAUGUCACGAUGUUAUAAAUAUAUGUGAUAGAGAAAAGCCGCAACUUGCUUUUAACCCAAGAUUACAGAAAAAAUCUACUGAAUUUUUUUCUCUCCUAAAGCAAUCAUAUAUAUCUACUUCUUUUAAAUAAAUUUUUCCUGCUCCUCUAGGUAAAUGAAGAAACAAACUGGAGAUAUCAAUUUCUUUUUCUCUGAUUUUCAGCUGGUUUCAAGGAUGUAUUGCUCUCGUGAGAUACAGCACCGAUGCGAAGCGAUUUCGGAAUGCUAGGCUCGUACGGUAUGACGGUAUUUCUAAAAACUGCAGUGGUGAGGCGUGUUCAAGUGCGGAACAGAAUAAGUGUCAAAAUGGAGGGCGCUGUGUUGAUCUGGUGGUCAGGGCCGAAUGUGAUUGUGAGAAAACUGGGUAUUACGGUCGCUUUUGUGAACAAAAAGGUAUAAUUCACUCACUAGACAUAAUGUUUUCUAUUUGAUUACAUUAUCCUUUUGAAAUUCCUUUUUUUUUUUAAUUCCUUUUGGGGAGCUAUGCCCUACUAGCUCUGCAUACGACAUUUGAGUUAGCCAAAAUACCUUAAACCUGCAAUUUAACUCCAGGUAUUUGUUGCCUUUCUUGUUAAUUAAAGUGAAUCUCUAAUACAAAGUAGGUCACACAUCCUGUCUGGGCAGUUCUGCGCAGAAAGGCGACUGCACAUGGCUGAAACCUGCAAGAAAGUGGUCUGCUAUCAAAGACCCCUUGAGGAGGAAAAAUUGGUCUCUUUUUUGACUUCAUUACUUUGUACUUUGUAUGACUUUGUGUAAAUUUCGUAUUGAUUUAACUUUUCACCUUCAUCAUCAUCAUUGAGAGAAGGGUGUGCCUAAUGUAGAGGUUGCUGAGACGAAUUCGUCUCUAAUAAAAGUUGAAAAUACAUUUAGCUAAUUGCUUUUCCCUAAGCAGCAAAAAGAUAAUCGCUUAUAUGAAAUUAACCAAUUUUGCUUUACACCACCCCACCACGAUCUUCAAAAUUAACUUUUUUAAUAACACAAUCAUCAUACUAAUAGCGCAUCAAAAGUUAAUGGGUAUAAAAAAUUUUCACCGCAGUAGUAAAGAAGUAUAUCAACUCAACAGGAUCUUCACAUGUGAAUAGAAUAGUUUCCAAUGGAACAGAUGUCACCGCACAGAAAAACAACACCAAAGACGACGACAAUAACGUCAGUAGCGGUGGAGAUGUAGGAGCAGGUAAUGGGGAUGGCGACAAUGUAAAUGAUCCUGAUAAAAGCACCAAAGGAGUAGCAGUGAGCGAAAGCAAGAAAGCCCAUAAUGAAGUUUCACCUCUGGUCGUUUCGCCGCCGGUUUGCUUUUUUCUUUACAUGACAGCUUUACUCAUCGACAUUGAUGUAGCAUGAUAGUGUCCUAGUCCUCUGAAAGCUGGAGUCUCGGAAGAAUCUCAAGCCUCAAUAGUGUAGAUAAAAUUGCGCUUAAUGGAGGGGUAGGUUCGAGAGUCGAUCAACAGGCUGUUAGGUGACAGAAUAACCGUAUAAAUACUUCAUACUAUCUAUCUUUCAGAGGUUUAGACAGUGAGAAUCUUUCAGCGUGGUAACCGCUUCAGAAAUUCUCACCAGUUCCCGUUAUUCUGCAAACAGUAAACUACAUAGGUUCUAUAAGAUAUCAACACCAAAAAUUUCAUAACUGAUUUUGUCCAACGGUUUAUUAAGUGCGCAAUCUGCACCAUGUUGUCACUUUUCAUUCGUUCUCUGCAGAAAAGUAUGAUUGAAUUUAAGCAGUGAAUGACUCACGUUAUUAGUUUUAUUUAAAGAGUAUUUCUCUCAUCUGUAUUUAAAAUAACCAAUGGAUUUACGCAGGAAAUGUGAAACUGUGUAGAUUAAGUAAUUAUUAAUAUGUAUCUACACGCAUCUUUUAUACAAUAAUAAUCACGUUAAAGAAGAAGAAUGUAACUAUAAGAUAUUUAAAAAAUGUACUUCCUGUCUUAAAGAACGUUUUCAGUGAGUUUUUAGUGUAGCUAAAGAGUGGCGUAUUACCACAGCUCGUCAGAUCAAGAAAAAUAUAACAACUUAAUGAGAACUUAAAGCGAAAAAAGCGAACAACCUUAGGCGCGGGGAAACGUAAGUGGCCAAGGCGCGAUUGGUAGAAGUUUUGCCUCUAAUUGGCUGGAACGAUGGCGCAAGCUUUUAAAAUUUCUCUCAGCACUUGAGCGUAGUUUGUUUUCAAAUACAUAUCAGUCGUUGACAAGAAGGCUGAGACAACAAUAGUAGUGCUGCUGCUGUAUGUAGCAUGUCAAUCAAUAAUUUUGAGUGAAAUUUAACAUGUAGGGCAAGUCAGGAGCCCAUUACUUAAUGCGAGUGACACACAGAUUUACUUAAAUAAAAAUUGAAAACUUCCAUCUCUUGACUCAUUGUGUUUUUACUGCUCCGUAACCUCGCAGUUAAAUUUUUUUUACGAAUGAUAAUAAUAAUAGUAAUUAAUAAUAUUGAUAAUAAAGCAUUUCUCUUUCACACAAAAUGGAAGUUCGUCUUAUUUUCAGCAGUCAUCUCUUUUUCAAAAAAUGCCACAACACCUGCGAUGUACAAAGUCCUCUCUCUACUUAUAAAACUAUGGGCGCGCAAAAGGGGAAGGGUUCACAUAUUCUUUGUCUUCCCACGCUCCUUCACGCUUCGCUCUUGUUACUAGUCUCUCGCAAGUUAUUGCGUGCUCAGUCGUUAAGGAUGAUCAAGAAACGCCCUUCAAACUGAUUAGAUGAGUUUUGGAACUCGGUAUAUCUGAAUAUGAAUAUAAUAGAUAACAGAUAACAUUCAAACCCCAGAAAAACAGAGUCUGGACUGCCAGUGAGGUAAGAAGUAGUUAGUUUUUUUCAUUCAUAACGUGAAACAAUUAGUCGUACCAUUCAGUCUGGUAUUAUUGGGUUUGGUGACAUAUCGACAAUAUCAGGUUAGUCACGAGCAUCUACUUCAGCAAAAAAUUAAGCUGACACAGGGUAAAUAAAUGCAAUUAGCUUUCCCAUAAGUAGCCAAUUAGAGACAAAAGUUUUAACGAUGGUUUCAUAUUCAGUGGACACAAAUGAUCGAAUGCCCCCUUUAAAACCUAAAAAUGGUCAAAUUAAUCAAAGCUCUAAUUUCUUUUGGUAAUUAUUUUUUGUGUAGUUUUGUUUUCAGGCAGUUGGGUAUAGAACAUAAGAACUAGACAUUUUGAUUUCUUGUUAAUUUGCUUUUAAAUUUUUAUUUUCAGAAACCUUCAUGCGGUGAUUAGCGAUGAGACAAGAAGACCACAAUUUAAAACUUUCAAAAAUCGAUAAAUAAUGGGUGCCGUUGCAAGUGGAAAAGAAAAAACGAAAACAAGGCCAUACAGCUGUCUUCGUGUAAGCAUGAUAACUGCAACCUUCGUUGUCAAGGAAUUAAACGUAUGGGGAAAAAGGAGCAAUGUGAAUGUAGUGAUGUGAAACUUUGAGGAUUAUUUAAUAUUUAAACCAAGACUCUUCAGAGAGACUAGGGUGAAAAAUUUAUUAUAAUGGAGCAAUCUUAAUUUAAUCUACCAGUUGUCACAGUGGAUCCCUAUGGGAGAUACUCUCAUUCUCGUUAACAACCAAGUGAUACCUUUCAAUAUUCGGUAGUGGAGUUCAGACACUUUCUCUACACCCUUGACAGUGGAUAAAAUUGAUGAGAAUUAUAACGUCAAGCAAAAUUCUGAAAGGCAUAUCAGUUAUUACUCGUUGUGAGCAAAGAAAAAGGAAACUGCAAAAAGUUGCGUCAAAUCCAUGCCUCGAUGUGCGCCUAAAAUCAUCCAAGCUAUCCAGAGAACACUGAGCCAAUGAAAGGAGGUGAUAAAUAAUGUUAAUUGAACUGAGUGGAGUGCAAUUUGGGCUAAAAUCAUACGCGUGAUUUGAAAUCAUAAGUAUGAUUUCAGACCAAAAUUUCACAACACGAGGUUCAAUUACCACUUUAUUACAUCCAUUUUGAAAUCGCCCAAGUACAAGACUUGGUCAGUUCAAUGCAGUACUGAGUCGGUUUAAAUUAAAUUCAUCCAUUCUUUGGGGGGAAAAAAUAAGAGUUUUGGAAACAGCAGAAUUUGCCUCGUGAUACUCAUUGUAUUUAAUUUUCCUGCAAUUUGAUUGGUUAUUUUCAGUAAACCUUGAAAUCUGAUUGGUUGUGUGGUUUUUAGUGUAGCCUCCUCAUUGGCUGGGAAAAAGAUGCGAUUUAAAGCAAAAAAUGGUACGAUUCAAGAAUAAAUCGCACCAAUUAGAGCCAGUCAGAUUACAGGGACCACCAGUGAUUUCAAAAUGGGUGUAAUAAAACUUUAAAACAGACUUCACAAAUAGUCACAAACAUAAAAUAUUUUAAUGAGAAUCAUUUCCGUUAAUUUGAAUGGCAAGUCUCAAUGUACACAUUUAGGAACUGAUACUACAAAUCGAAUGAUAUAUUUCUUUCUAGUUGGGCAUGUUAAGAUGGUCUCUUUAAUAGGAGAUCAGAGCCGGCUCGAAAAGGAUAUACUUUUGCCAUAUCAUAAUUACAAUCAUUAUCGUUAUUAUAAGUAUUCAAGGUCAUCAGAGCUUAUAGCUUUAAAAUCGUUCUCAAAUAACUAGCUAUUGUAUUGGUUUACCAGUUUGUCAAAAAACUCAAAUAUAUCAAUUGAAGACUCCUUUAAACAGGGUUAAACUGUGUUUGAUUAAAUAUUUCGCUUAUACAAUGAAACACGUGUUAUAAGCGAUAUAACAAUAAAAUAUUAUAAUAAAUGGUUCACAAAGUGAUAACAAACGCAGAAAAUAGAAAAUCGAGGAGAUCACACAUGAAAAGCAGAGCUAAAAGAGAUAACAUCAUCUUGUUUUAAGUUACCAUGGCAGCAUCUCCCUUUAACGCGAAUAUAUUGAAAAUAAUUUACGUUUGUUUGGUUUUGUGUGGUAUUUUGGUACAAGUCAUGAUUUGCGUGCACGUCAAUUCGCCGGAAAGAAACUCUAAAGAGAACUUGAAAUGACCAACAUCAAUCGAAACCACUCUCUGAAAUGUGAAAAAAAAACUCUUCACCGCAAAAGCAUUAAGAACGAUUGUCGCGUGUGAACACUCAUGUUUAUUUUACAAGAGCAACUUUUAGAGAAAAACAGAAGGCAAACUGUGAAUAAUUAUUUGAUGGGCGGUCUUUCCUGCAUUUUCUUUUACCAUAAUUCCGUUUUAUGUUGCUUUUUAUUAAAAUGUGAGCUCCCAACGUGAUCGCAGUAAAAACGGUUUUGCUGUGGGGUGGAAACAAAACCAAACGAGACGCUCGCAUUUUGGCGUCAAAUAAUAUCAAGUUGUAAAUUUUUAAUGGAGUGACUCAAAAAAUGAAUAGAUAAAUACUCCAUAUUUUGUAAACAAUUAAAGGCCAGGCUAAAAUCUUACCCAAGCGAAUGGGGUUAAUUUUUAUCGCUGAGAAAAUUGUUUUAAAAUAGUAGAGGAUGAAAAUAACGAGCUGAAAAAACCAAUCUUGCCUGUGAGUGGCCAAAGAGAAAAUUACAUCUAAAUAGAACACAUCUUAUCUCUUUAAACUUUGUCGAAUAACCCAAGGUAAUGAGACUUCAAUGUGGAAAACAGGCGAAUUGGCAAUAGCGCACAUUUAUUACGCUUGCUACAAGGGUUCGGAGCGAUAUGGCUUUUAAGAGCUGGUUAUAAUUCCAACAGUUAACUCAAUCUGAUGACGUUUGCCUUGGUGGAGAGCUGUUAUUAUUUUGUUCUUCUUCUUGAGUUUCACGCGAUAAACUCAGAAUUCGUGUUUGCCAAUGAGCUCGUCUCAUCUUGCGAUAGUGACUAUGCGGUCGGCGGCCGAUGGGAACCUGCGAAUCAUUUUAUUUGUGCGUGCGAUUAAAACACAGCGCACGUUUGCCCGCUGUUUUAAAGCUUCACAAUGUAAAGAGAAGCUAGCUUCAACCCUCUGGAAAUAAAAAAGACAGCCAUUUUGACGUUGGUAAGCUUAGGUUGCAGCCAUGUUAGUGCGAGGUAUUUUCUUCCUCCUUAGUUAUGUGUUGAGUUCAACGUCUCCCUCAGUAAGUCGGGCAGCAGGAGAAAGUGGAGGAUAUUAUUUCUUCGGCGAAGUAACGUCGCAUGCCGAAUAUGAACCGUGGAAUUGGCUUGCCAAUGCCACUCUGCAAUUCUAUUUCAAAACUUGGAGCAAAUCUAAAAUGAUGAUGUUUUAUCAAGAGGAGAAAACACACGGCCAGCACAUGGAUUUAUUCCUGAUAAAGGGGAAACUUCGACUCCGCGUUAAGAUGGGACGAAACAUGAUUUCUAUCCAAAAGCGGUUUAUUGAGGAUAAAGUGGAUUUCGCUGACUCGGGGUGGCAUGAAGUUAAAAUUGAGUUGUUUGGGAGCGAAAUACGUUUUUUUGUUAAUUCAACUGACGGAAACGUAUACAGCGCAGAUCCAAUUCCAUACACAGAGUAUAAUCCGUCUACCACUAGCCACCAAAACAUCGAGUCUCUCCUAAUCGCUGGUCUUCCUUUUAGAAAGGGAUUUAAAGGGUCUGAAAUGUCCUAUCCAAGUUUUUUCUACGAAUUCUACAGGUAAUGUAUCAACUAAUUAUUGUUGAGAUAUGACUUUGUCAUCGUAGAAAUGCGUCAACUAAUGGCUUCUAUAUACGCACUCGAGUUUGCUGACGGUUACAACUAGAACAAGGUCAGGGUCGAGGGUUGACAAAAUGACGUGCCCUCAAACACUCAGUGAAAAUAUCAGCUUAAAACACAGUUGCUUCUCAAAGAAUCGUUGCAAUACUUCAUUUAUUCACCCACUACUUUCCUUUCGUAAGCUUCUUUUCUGAGUGGAAGGAAGGGAGACUGUGUCAUGUAUUUUUCAGUUGCAUAGUUUAUUUACUAUUUCACUGUCAUGUUUCAGUCGUAAAUCGUUUAAACGUUAUAAAACUUUCAUUUGUUUAACCUUCAUAAAUGAAUGAUUAUGGCGUCCGCGCUUUGUUAUUUUUUAAUUCACGCUCAUAUGAAUUAUUAAUCCGUGCACACGACUCUCCCAGUCAACUCAGCGAGAGAUCAUUUCCAAUCAUAGCUUUUAAAUCAUAGAAAGAUGUCAAAUGAUUGUAACGAAAUAAAAAUCCAUCUCCGAGAAAAUUUGAGUCUCAGAUCUAUAGAAUUGACAACUGGACACAAAAUAUCUUCUACUAAUCGACGAACGAGUACAAAAGACUCCUAAGUUCUUUCUCCGUCUAUCUACAAACUUGACGCUUUGGACAUUGUUGAUCCUCGUAGUAUGCGGGGUACUUGUCACAUUUGAACCUUUCAUGACACAGUUUACUUACGAGAUCUCUGUAUCUCAUUUGGGAGGGCAUAGUAGGAUCUUAGGUUCCUUUUUGUUCGGGAAAUAAAGUUUUCUCCUUGUUUAACACUCGAGACAAAGGUUGAUAUCUUUCUUUAUUGGACGACCCAGCGAAAAGUUCACCAUACUUCACACUCUAUCUUCAACUAUGCUUUGUAAAACUUUUUUUAACAACUGGAUUCAUUUGAUAACAGAGGGAAUCCCUUAAGCUUCCAAGGAUGUAUUGGCAAUAUCAGAUUCAACCGAAUUCCAAAUGGUCGCUUAGAGCAAGCGAGACUUCGAACUCCUCCAAGAGGGGCGGUGGACAACUGCACUGGAGCAUGCGCAGAACGGACUCAAAGAUGUUCCAAUGGAGGUCGAUGCGUUGAUCAUAUCAAAUACUCCGAGUGUGACUGCACAGGGAUUGGGUACGAAGGAGGGAGCUGCGAAAUACGUAAGGCACUUAAAUCAUACUACACCCAUUCUUUUUCUUAAUAGGUAAUUUAGUGUUAACAGCUGGGUUGAAAACGUAAAUUAGCCACCGUAAAGGGUAAAAAAGCUGACGUUUCGAGCGUUAGCCCUUCGUCAGAGCGAUUGAUAGUUCUCUACCUUUUAUGGUAACAGAAAGAGUCAUGGCUACAGAAUAUUGAAAUUCUGACGACGACUCAGAAAUCUGUUCGUCGCCAACACCAACAUCUACCGGUAAGGACUAUUUAACAAAGACUUCUUUUUGACACUAAUCUGUUCAACUCACUCACAUCCCUUCGCAGACAAAUUACAAAAAGCUGCUUUUCUGGUUUUCGCUAACGUCAAGAUUGCCUUCUGUGAAAGUUCUAAUUUUUCAAACCUAUCGCCGAGAGAUAAAAAGAGAACAACUUUGCUAUGUCACUUAUCUUUACUAUCGUCAUUGAGAGAAGGCUGUGGCUAAUGUACAGGUUGCUGGGACGUAUUCAUCUCUGAUAAAUGUUGAAAAUACAUUUAGCUAAUUGCCUUGUCCUAAGCAACUAAAAGAUAAUCGCUUAUAUGGAAUAAACCAAUUUUGCUUUUCACUACCCCACUAUGAUCUUCAAAUCAACUUUUUUAAUAACACAAUCACCAUAUUAACAGCGCAUUAAAAGUUAAUGGGUAUAAAAAAUUUUCCACAGCAGCAGUAAAGAAGUAUAGCAACUCAACGGGAUCUCCACAUGUGAACAGAACAGUUUCCAAUGGAACAGAUGUCACCGCACAGAAAAACAACACCAGAGACGACGACAAUAACGUCAGUAGCGGUGGAGAUGUAGGAGCAGGCAAUGGGAGCGACGACAUUGUAAAUGAUCCAGGUAAAAGCACCAAAUGAGUAGCAGGAAGCAAAAGCAAGAAGGCCCAUAAGGGAGUUUCACCUCCAGUCGUUUCGCCGCCGGUUUGCAUUUUUUAAGUUACUUAAAAAAAUAAAUAAAUAACUCUUUGUUAGCGUAUAGAGUGGUAUGUUGCUAGCAUUAAUCAGAUCGUUUAGGGUAUGUAUCUCGCACCAAUCAGAGCAUCGGUUUUUUGGUUCUUUGGUUUGAGAGGUGUUCAAAUUUCAAUGAAUUAACCCGGGGUUCGUAGACUAGAAUCAUCAUUUAGAAUGUGAAAUGUUGGCUUUUCUGUGUUUUUAACGCGUAUUUUACCACGCUUUGAGAGAAAUGCGAUAUUAUUGGGCAGAUGAACGACAUCAGAUAACCUAUAGUAAACAUGUUACUCGUGCUGUGAAAAUGGUUGAGAGUUGUUCGAGAGGAAGUGGAGUUCUGUGCACCGUAGCACAAUCCUUGUUAUUGUUCCUUCACGACGAGAGUGAUUGGAAAAAUUUUGAAUCAAAUGUUGCUUGAGGUGUUGAUGAGCUGCACCAAACAUGUUGAUUUAAGCAAUUCUUUAACGGCAAGCUGUGUUGCAAGAUUGAUGAUUUGUUGAGUGUGCCGAUUACAUUUUUCUGGAUUGGUUUGCUCGGUGCUAUCUCUAGAUGAGUGUCUGAUUGAAAUUAACCAUAGUCGAUUUUGUGUGGUUCUUAGGAAGCUUUGUCGCCUCGUGUGACAUCGUGUUUAAUUGAUAUGCACUGUUAAGCGGUGUUUUUAUUGAACAAUGAUUUUUCUACGAAAGAUGGCUGAGUUUUCUCUUUGGUGGUUUAGUUGCAGUCAUUUCAUUGUAAACAUCGUUGUGCGUUACUCUUGAAGGGGGUCUUUCGAUGCUAGAAGGUUGAGCAGUUGCAAGUGUGCUGCAAAGUGGGUUUUGUGUCAUUUUUGGCCGUGGAGGAAAAUUGUUUGGCUGUUUCGAGGGUAAUUUUGAGAACACUGGACGAAUGGAAAUGUUUUCGGUACCUGGAGAAAGUGAUCGUGUGGAGUCGUUUAUGUUUGGCCAAGGACGAAUUCAAAUACCAUCGUAAACAUGUUUAUUUUAUUCAUAAAAUGUGCUUCCUACCUCAAAGAAAGUGGCCCGCUAUCAAAGACCCCUUGAGGGGGAAAAAUUGGUCUUUUUCUUAACUUUAUUAUUUUACAUUUUGUUUGAUUUUGAGUAAAUUUCGUAUUGAUUUAACUUUCACUUUCAUCGUCAUCAUUGAGAGAAAGGUGUGCCUAAUGUAGAGGUUGCUGAGACAAAUUCAUCUCCGAUAAAUGUUGAAAAUACAUUUAGCUAAUUGCCUUAUUCUAGGCAGCUAAAAGAUAAUCGCUUAUAUUUGAAUAAACCAAUUUUGCUUUACACCACCCCACUAUGAUCUUCAAAAUCAACUUUUUUAAUAACACAAUCAUCAUAUUAACAGCGCAUCAAAAGUUAAUGAGUAUUAAAAAUUUCCACCGCAGCAGUAAAGAAGCAUAUCAACUCAACGGAAUCUUCACAUGUGAACGGAACAGUUUCCAAUGGAACAGAUGUCACCGCGCAGAAAAACAACACCAGAGACGACGACAAUAACGUCAGUAGCGGUGGAGAUGUUGGUGCAGGCAAUGGGGAUGGCGACAAUGUAAAUGAUCCAGGUAAAAGCACCAAAGGUGUAGCAAUGAGCGAAAGCAAGAAGGCCCAUAAUGGAGUUUCACUUCUGGUCGCUUCGCUGCCGCUUUGCCUUUUUCUUUACAUGACAGCUUUACUCAUCGGCAUUGAUGUAGCCUGAUAGUGACUUGGUCUACUCCUCUGAAAGCUGGAGUCUCGGAAGAAUCUUAAGCCUCAACAGUGUAGAUAAAAUUGCGCUUUAUGAAGGACUGGGUUCGAGAGUAGAUCAACAGGCUGUUAAAUGACAGAACAACCGUAUCAAUACUUCAUAUUAUCUAUCUUUUAGAGGUUUAGAUAAUGGGAAUCUUUCAGCGUUGUAACCGCUUCAGAAAUUCUUACCAGUUCCCGUUAUUCUCUGCAAGUAACAAACUAUGUAGGUACUAUAGGAUAUCAACACCAAAAAAUUUCAUAGCUGAUUUUUGUCCAAUGGUUUAUUAAGUACACAAUCUGCGUCAUGUUGUCAUUUUUCAUUCGUUCUCUGCAGAAAAGUUGGAUUGAAUUUAAGUAGUAAAUGACUCACGUUAUUAGUAGUAUUUCUUUCAUCUAUAUGUAAACUAACCAAUGGAUUUACGCAGGAAACGUGAAACUGUGGUGAUUAAGUAAUAAUAAGUAUGUAUUUACACGCCGCAUUUUUUAUGCAAUAAUAAUCACGUAAAAGAAGAAGAAUGCAACUAUAAGAUAUUUAAAAAAUGUACUUCCUGUCCUAAAGAACGUUUCCAGUGAGUUUUUAGUGUAGCAAAAGAGUGGUGUAUUACCACAGCUCGUCUGAUCAAAGAAAAAUAUAACAAUUUAAUGAGAACUUAAAGUGAAAAAAGCGGUAACUACCUGAAGCGCGGGAAAGCGUAAGUGACCAAGACGCGUUUAGUUGAAGUUUUACCUCUAAUUGGUCGAAAAGAUGGCGCAAGCUUUAAAAUUUCUCUCGGCACUUGAUCGUAGUUUGUGUUAAAUACAUAUCAAUCGUUGACAAGAAGGCCGAGACAACAUCAGUAGUACUGCUGCUGUAUGUAGCAUGUCACUCAAUAAUUUUGAGUGAAAUUUAACAUGUAGCGAAAGUCAGGAGCCCAUUACUUAGUGCGAGUGAAAUACAAAUUUACUUAAAUAAAAAUUGAAAACUUCCAUCUCUGUUUUUACUGCUCCGUAACCUCGCAGUUCAACUCUUUUACGAAUGAUAAUGAUAAUAAUAAUACCAAUAGUAUUACUAAUAAAGCAUUCCUCUUUCACAUAAAAUGGAGGUUCGUCUUGUUUUUCAGCAGUCAUCUCUUUUUCAAAAAAUGCCACAACACCUGCGAUGUACAAAGUCCUCUCUCUACUUAUAAAACUAUGGGCGCGCAAAAGGGGAAGGGUUCACAUAUUCUUUGUCUUCCCACGGUCCCUCACGCUUCGCUCUUAUUACCAGUCUCUCGCAAGUUGUUGCGUGUUCAGUUGUCAACGAUGAUUAAGAAACGCCCUUCAAACUGAUUAGAUGAGUUUUGGAACUCGAUAUAUAUGAAUAUAAAUAUAAAGAUAACAUUCAAACGCCACAAAAACAGAGUCUGGACCGCCGGCGAGGUAAGGAGUAGUAAGUUUUUUUUCAUUCAUAACGUGAAACAGUUGGUCGUACCAUUCAGUCUGGUAUCAUUGGGUUUAGUGACACAUCGACAAUGUCAGGUUAGUCACGAACACCUAUUUCGACAAAAAGAAGCUUACACGGGGUGAAUAAAUGCAGUUAACUUUCUCAUAAGUAGCCAAUUAGAGACAAAAGUUUUAAUGAUGGUUUCAUACUCAGCGGACACAAAUGAUCGAAUGCCCCCCUUAAAACCUAAAAAUGGUCAAAUUAAAUAAAGCCCUAAUUUCUUUUGAUAAUUAUUUUUUUGUGUAGUUUUGUUCUCAGGAAGUUGGGUAUAGAACAUAAGAACUAGACAUUUUCAUCUCUUGUUAAUAUGCUUUUAAAUUUUUAUUUUCAGAAACCUUCGUUAGGUGAUUGGCGUUGAGACAAGAAGACCACAAUUUAACACUUUCAAAAUUCGAGGCGCACAUUUUUUGUAAAUCAAAUUUUACGACAUUUGCCCUUAGAGGUGAAAAAGAAACAACGAAAACAAGGCCAUACAACUAUCUUCGUGUAACAUGAUAACUGCAACCUUUGUUGUCAAGGAAUUAAACCGGGAUGGGGAAAAAGGAGCAAUGUGAAUGUAGUGAUGUGGAACUUUGAGGAUUAUUUAAUAUUUAAACCAAGACUCUUCAGAGAAACUAGGAUGAAAAAUUUAUCGUAAUGGGGCAAUCUUCUACUUAAUUUGUUUCACCAGGUGCCAUAGUGGUUCCUCUGGAAGUUACUCUCAUUCUCGUUAACAACCAAGUGAUACCUUUUAAUAUUCGGUAGUGGAAUUCAGAUACUUCCUCUUCUCCUUGACAGUGGAUAAAAUUGAUGGGAAUCAUAACGUCAAGCAAAAGUCUAAAAGACAUGUCAAUUAUUAAUCGUUGUGAGCAAAGAAAAGGGAAACUGCAGAAAAAACUGCGUCAAAUCCAUGCCUCGAUGUGCAGUAAAAAUCAUUCAAGCUAUCCAGAGAACACUGUGCCAAUGAAUGGAGAUAAAAAAAACUUCAAAACAGACUUCACAAGUAGUCACAAACAUCAAAUAUUUCAACGUUUUAGAGGAGAAUCAUUUUCGUUAAUUUGAAUGGCAAGUCUCAAUGUACACAUUUAAGAACUGAUACUACGAAUCGAAUGAUAUAUUUCUUAUUAGUUGAGCAUCUUAAGAUGGUCUCUUUAACUGGAUAUCAAAGCCGGCUCGAAAAGGAUAUACUUUCGCCAUAUCAUAAUUACAAUCAUUAUCGUUAUUAUAAGUAUACAAGGUCAUCAGAGCUUAUAGCUUUAAAAUCAUUCUAAAAUCACAAGCUAUUGUAUUGGUUUACCUUUUAGUAAAAAACUCAAAUAUAUCAAUUGAAGAUUCCUCAAAACAGAGAUAAACUGUGUACGAUCAAAGUUUUUGCUCACAUAAAGAAACACAUGUGUUAUAAGCGAUAUAACAAUAAAAUUUUGUAAUAAAGGGUUCACAAAGUGAUAACAAACGCGGAAAAUAGAAAAUCGAGGAGAUCACACAUGAAAAGUAGAGCUAAGAGAGAUAACAUCAGCUUGUUUUAAGUUACUAUGGUAGCAUCUCAUAUAUAUAUAUAUUAUUUUCAACAUAUUGAAAAUAAUUUACGUUUGUUUGGUUUUGUGUGGUAUUUUGGUACAAGUCAUGAUUUGCGUGCGCGUUAAUUCGCUGGAAAAAAACUCUAAAGAGAACUUGGAAUGACCAACAUCAAUCAAAACCACUCACUGAAACGUGAAAAAAAGCUUCACCGCAAAAGCAUUAAGAAUGAUUGUCGCGUGAGAACACUCAUGUUUAUUUUACAAGAGCACCUUUUAGAGAAAAACAGAAGGCAAACUGUGAAAUGUAUUAUUUAAUGGGCGGUCUUUCCCGCAUUUCCUUUCACAAUAAUGCCGUUUUAUGUUGCUUUUUAUUAAAAUGUGAGCACCCAACGUGAUCGUAGUAAAAACGGUUUUGCCGUGGGGUGGAAAAAAAAUCAAACGAGAAGCUCGCAUUUCGGCGUCAAAUAAUAUCAAGUUGUAAAUUUUUAAUGGAGUGAAACAAAAAAUGCACAGAAAAUUACUUCAUAUUUGUAAACAAUUAGAGGCCAGGCUAAAAUCUCAGCCAAGCGAAUGGGGUUAAUUUUGAUCGCUGUGAAUAUUGUUUUAAAAUAAUAGAGGAUGAAAAUAACGAGCUUUAAUACGAAUUCUUUAUACACGGUGCUAAUGAGUUGCAUUUCAAGAAAUAUGAAAAACCCAAACUUGCCUGUGAAUGGCCAAAGAGAAAAUUACAUCUAAAUAGAACGCAUCUUAUGUCUUUAAACUUUGUCAAAUAGCCUAAGAUAAUGAGACUUCAAUGUGGAAAACAGGUGAAUUGGCAAUAGCGCACAUACAUUACGCUUGCUACAAGAGUUCGGAGCGAUAUGGCUUUUAAAGGCUGGUUAUAUUUCCAACAGUUAACUCAAUCUGAUGACGUUCGCCUUGUUGGAGAGCUGUUAUUAUUUUGUUCCUCUUCUUAAGUUUCACGCGAUAAGCUUAGAAUUCGUGUUUGCCAAUGAGAUCGUCUCAUCUUCCGAUAGUGACUAUGUGGUCGGCGGCUGAUGGAAACCAGCGAAUCAUUUUACUUGUGCGUGCGAUUAAAACACAGCGCACGUUUGCCCGCUGCUUUAAAGCUUCAUAAUGUAAAGAGAAGCUAGCUUCAACCCUCUGGACAUAAAGAAAGACAGCCAUUUUGACGUUGCAGGUUAGGUUGCAGCCAUGUUAGUGCGAGGUAUUUUCUUCAGCCUUACCUAUGUGUUGAGUUCAAUGUUUCCCUCAAUAAGCCAGGUAGCAGGAGAAAGCGGAGGAUAUUAUUUCCUCGGCAAACUAAUGUCGCAUGCUGAAUAUGAACCAUGGAAUUGGCGUGCCAAUACCACUCUGCAAUUCUAUUUCAAAACUUGGAGCAAAUCUAAAAUGAUGAUGUUUUAUCAAGAGGAGAAAACACACGGCCAGCACAUGGAUUUAUUCUUGAUAAAGGGGAAACUUCGACUCCGCGUUAAGAUGGGACAAAACAUGGCUUCUAUCCGAAAGCGGUUUAUUGAGGAUAAAGUGGAUUUCGCUGACUCGGGGUGGCAUGAAGUUAAAAUUGAGUUGUCUGAGAGCGAAAUACGUUUUUUUGUUAAUUCAACUGACGGAAACGUAUACAGCGCAGAUCCAAUUCCAUACACAGAGUAUAUUCCGUCCUUCGUUAGCCACCAAAAUAUCGAGUCUCUCCAAGUCGCUGGUCUUGUGAUUGGAGAGGGAUUUAAAUGGACUGAAUUGUCCUAUCCAAGUAUUUUCAAGGAAGUCUACGGGUAAUGUAUCUACUAAUUAUUGUUGAGAUAUGACUUUGUCAUCGUAGAAAUGCGUCAACUAAUGGCUUCUAUAUACGCACUCGAGUUUGCUGACGGUUACAACUAGAACAAGGUCAGGGUCGAGGGUUGACAAAAUGACGUGCCCUCAAACGCUCAGUGAAAAUAUCAGCUUAAAACACAGUUGCUUCUCAAAGAAUCGUUGCAAUACUUCAUUUAUUCACCCACUACUUUCCUUUCGUAAGUUUCUUUUCUGAGUGGAAGGAAGGGAGACUGUGUCAUGUAUUUUUCAGUUGCAUAGUUUAUUUACUAUUUCACUGUCAUGUUUCAGUCGUAAAUCGUUUAAACGUUAUAAAACUUUCAUUUGUUUAACCUUCAUAAAUGAAUGAUUAUGGCGUCCGCGCUUUGUUUUUUUUAAUUCACGUUCAUAUGAAUUAUUAAUCCGUGCACACGACUCUCCCAGUCAACUCAGCGAGAGAUCAUUUCCAAUCAUAGCUUUUAAAUCAUAGAAAGAUGUCAAAUGAUUGUAACGAAAUAAAAAUCCAUCUCCGAGAAAAUUUGAGUCUCAGAUCUAUAGAAUUGACAAUUGGACACAAAAUAUCUUCUACUAAUCGACGAACGAGAACAAAAUACUCCUGAGUUCUUUCUCCGUCUAUCUACAAACUUGACGCUUUCCACAUUGUUGAUCCUUCUAAUAUACAAGGUACUUGUCCCAUUUGAACCUUUCAUGACACAGUUCACCUACGAGAUCUCUGUAUCUCAUUUGGGAGGGCAUAGUAGGAUCUUAGGUUCCUUUUUGUUCGAGAAAUAAAGUUUUGUCCUUGUUUAAUACUGAGACGAAGGUUGAUAUCUUUCUUUAUUGGACGACCCAGCGAAAAGUUCACCAUACUUUUCAUUCCAUCUUCAACUAUGCUUUGUAAAACUUUUUUUAACGACUGGAUUCAUGUCUUAACACAGAGAGAAGCCCAUAAGCUUCCAAGGAUGUAUGGGAAAUAUCAGAUUCAACCGAAUUCCAAAUGGUCGCUUAGAGCAAGCGAAACUUCUAACUAGUCCAAGUGAGGCGGAGAACAACUGCACUGGAGCAUGCGCAGAACGGCCUCAAAGAUGUGCCAAUGGAGGUCAAUGCGUCGAUUAUAUCAAAUACUCCGAGUGUGACUGCACAGGGAUUGGGUACCAAGGAGGGAGCUGCGAAAAACGUAAGACACUUAAAUCAUACUACACCCAUUCUUUUUCUUAAUAGUGCUCUGCCUCUUCUGGUAACAAAAAGAUUCACGACAGCAGAAUAUUGAAAUUCGGUCUGGGUAGGUCGCAAUGAAUGGGAAAAAAAAAGGGGAGGUUGAUUGUCCUUGUAAGAACUGCGUAUUGAAAUCCAAGAAACGUGCUAGUGGCUCAAAAGGCCUCAUAGAAUCAUUUACAAAUGUGCAGUAUAUGAAACUCGUUAAGAUAUUAAAGGAGCAGAACUGUUGCUAACAACAAAAGAAACUGAAACAAUCAGGCUUACAACACGUAUAUCAAAUAUCACUCAAAUAAAUUGGCAGCAUGAGUGAUGAUGAUUUGAUUUGUUAUCCAACCAGGUUCCACAACUGUGUAUAUCAAGGAAAAAGGACACAUAUCGUACAGCUUGGGUAUCGACAGUCCCUUACGUUCAACAGAAAGGAACACAUUAGACUUUCUAUUUCUAACAAAUAAAGCAACCGACGGUGUUUUCUUUUACAUGAGAGGGAAUAAGGAUCACUUGCUUGUAGAGCUUGUCAAUGGGAGAGUGCGGGCUCAAGCAAACGUUGGAGGAGGUGAGGUUCCGUUCGUAUUACGUGACUUUCGCAAAACUUAGUUGAAAGCAGCACUUGUAAGAUAGUGAGGAAGUCACAACGCCUUGAUCGAGUGAGUUUUCCCUCUUUCAUCAUUGCUGUAUCAAUGGUCAUACAUAAUUCGUCCCUAAAUACAAGUGUAUUCUAAUUAAAUAGUAAAAAUUACAACAGCUAAUCAGAAGAAAGAUAAAUAUCACAGAAAGCUGAAAGGAACUCAGAGUAAACGCAGAGGGUCACAAGCCCAAAGAAACACGAGUAGGCAAGUCGCUCUAUCCUUGGGGCGAGGGAUGGCUAUGAAUGCGAGCGAUUUGCUUCGGUUGACAAUUUACUUUUCUUCAAUUUUACUUUAAAAUGUAGAUACUAUUGAAGUACAAAGUGAUAAAAGUUCCUUGAACGACAGCUGUUGGCAUUUCGUGGAGGUCAAACGAAGAAGGUCCCGAUUGACACUAAUUGUUGACAAAGUCAGGACAAGUGGCAAUUCUUCGACUAAAAAGUUCAAAGAACUGAAUCUAAACAAUCACUCUAAUGUCAUAUACUUCGGUGGUGGACCAGCUAAGAAGAUACGAGAAAAAUCAAAAUCAAAAACACUCUCAUUUAACGGCUAUCUACAGAAGUUUCGAUUUGAAGGAAUGGAUGUUCUUGAAAAUGCAUUGUCAAACACAAAUGGUUUUUCUGGCACUGAGGUAAAUCGUAUAUCGUCGAGUAACACAAAUCUGAUAGACGCACAAAUGAACUGUAAGCAGCCUGAUGAUGUUUCAGGCGACUGCUCCAGUGAUGACGACGACUCAGAAAUUUGUGCGACGUCAACACCGACACCCACCGGUAAGGACUAUUUAACGAAUAUUUCUUUUCGAAACUAAUCUGUUCAACUCACUCAAAUGCCCUCGCAGAAAAAAAUUACAAAAGGCUGCUUUUCUGGUUAUCGCUAACAAAAAAAGAAGAGGAAAAAGAAAUUAAAAAAUAUUUAAGUCAAGAUUGCCCUCUCUGAAAGUUCUAAUUUUUUCAAACCUAUCGCCGAGAGAUAAAAAGAGAACAACUUUCUUAUGUCACUGGUUGAUGACCCGGCUACUUAGCAAGCGUGCGAAGUUGCAUUUUUAGAAAAUUUGAAGACAACUUGCGAUAGUUGGUUACCAUCUUUGAAGUCAAAACACGGUUAAAGCCAUGAUAUUUCACAUAAAAUUGUUAAUAGGGAAGAUAUAAAUCACCUGGUUCCCAGAUGUUUCUUCCUCAAGCAUCAAUGCCACCUUGAAUACAGCAGAAAUAAGAGCAAGAGUUCUACUCAAAUAAAUAAAGUUUCAGUCUGAGAUUUAGUUCUCGUAUCUUAGCCACGAUCUGAUCAGUAAUCCACCUUUCGAGCUGCCUAAAACUUCCAUCGUAAAUAAUUUUAUAGAAUUCGGCAUUACGUAAAAUGAACACUCUCAAUCUUAUAAGUUUGUCUAUUCACAUCACCUUUUUGCUGGAUAAUGCAUUGAAACUUUGAGGGUAUGUUAGUCUUGAAUGUAAAGGUAAAUAACGGUGAGUCAUUAUGCAAGAUUUGUUUAACUGUGGUAUUUUGAGGUUUCUCGCAAUCUUCAGGUAACAUUUCGAUCAUUUUCACGGGGAAAAAGAUUUAAAAGUAAGUUUUUCAAUCCAGCCGCAGUUGUGAUUACAUCUGUUGUUUUGUUUCACGUUUAGCCAAACUGAUAACAACAGAGCCUGAGACUUCGGCACCAUCACGUGACCCUCCCGGUGGACCAAAGACCCAGGCAACGGUGGUUGCAGAAUUUCGAAACCCAACACCGAGACCCAGAGGCGUGUCCGCUUGGGUUAUCAUUGUAAUAGUACUCGGAGCAAUGGGUAUCGUCUUCAUCGUGGUGUUUUUACUUUACCGCUGGAAUCAUCGCUAUUCGGGCUCAUUUAAACCCAGUAAAAAUGAAGAGGGACAAAUUCAAGAGCCUGGGUCGGACUCAACUGAGCAGCAAUCCCGGACGUACAAUCAACCAGCGUUUUUCGUAUACAAGCCUCCUCUGAAAAAACCUACCGCUGAUAGUCCAGUGUCGAUUUAGAAGCGCAGUGUAUAAAACAGAGCACGUGGGGCUGAUUGCCAACAUUCUGCAUUGGUAUGAAGUGACGAUGGCGUCACAUUCAAGAAAUCUGAGAAGAUUACUACGUAUAUGCAUGAAAAAUUGGAUGGAUCGACAAUUUCAGAGAAAUUGUGAACUACAGAGCAAAAGUACUCUCGAACAUUUGAUUUUCCUUGACUUCAAAAUCUGAUAAACGAUUUUUUCCAAAUGAUGGCUACAUCCCUUUGUUGACAAAUGCUGACAAUUUGGUACAAUAUUUAAACAGUUGACCGUUUCCUUCAUUCUCGUUCGCUGUCUUUUAGACAGAGUAUUGAAUUGGAAGGAAAGCUAAGGCACUGAUCCGCUAAAGGAGUGAAAGAAAUCCCAACUUCUCUGCAUAAAUACUGCAACUUUGAGCACAAAAGCCUCACAAAAGGGCGGAAUAUUCCUUAUGUUCAAAUACAAAAAAUGUGGUAGAAAAAUUUGGUGGGAUAUCUAAUGACGUUUAGAAAUUAUAUAUCUACUGUUACAUCUAUCAAAUUUUAACCCAAUUAUUUCUGAAGGAAUUUCAGAGAGUUGAAAAGGCUUCAUUUAACUAUAUAGCCUGCCAUUUGAAACUAUGCGUUGUUAUGCUUGCAUUUAUCACAAAAAGAAAGCAAAACAGGUAGGUUACAAAACAAAUCGACCGCUUGAUAUUAGAAUUUGACCAAAAAAAAAACAUUCUUUACUUUUCCGGACUGUAGGCGUAUUGAGAUUGUCAGAUGACAGAAAACCUUAGCCGUCCUAUUUCAUUAUGUAUGGAACGGCAAUAAGAUUUUCUUCUCCGAUUCCUUUAUAAAUAUCAAUUGAAUUUAUAUAGUAAUAUUUGAGUUGUGCCCACUGACUGAAGUUUCUUUCGGUGGAUUCAAAACGUUUGUAAAACUUUUACUCCAAUGAACUUUUACUGGUUGGUCUGAUUUAUGAAAAGAAAGAAACAAAAUGAAACGAGGCAACCUCCGGCUAAAAUUGUAUCAUUCUAAUAGGUUUAAUAGGUAAGUGUGCAUUCAAUUUAACAACAAAGCUUUGUAAGUCUCGGAAAUAAAUAAAAUUUGAAAUUAACGAC